UAAAUGUCAUUUUAAAAGGAAAUCAUAAUCCAAACAACUUUAUUUGUAAUAUUGACAUAAGUACUAAACUCAGAUUUCAGGAUAUUUGUUUGUGGAUUCAUAAUAAGUGAAUAUUCUUUUUUCCGUUUGCAUUUCAGCACCUGUUCAAAUCUGUCUGUAUUCAGCUGUGAGAGAUAUCAAAAUUUGUUUUCUUCCGGGGUAAAGAGACUGUUCCCAGAAUACAAAGUUUUGAAAUCAUAUACAUUUCAUACUUGUUUAGGAAUUUCACGAUGCUAGCUUGGUAAUUGGAAUUUUGUCUUGUGGGAUAAAACUAAAUUUAAAAAUAAAGGCGAUGUGCAGUGCAAUUGUCCUCUUGGGUGGUCAAGUUCAGUCAGCAGUGAUAUGUUCUGAGCCAACAAACCUAGCUGAACGGUACUCCCAAUAUUUGUCCCAAGAAUCGGGGUCAAGUAUAGAUGAAAUACUGGGCUCCUAUUCAACCAACAACACACGUCCUGAUGAAGAAGAACAACUUAUCUACGGUACAAAAGUAUGUCCUUCAAGCCUUAGAGUCAUUACAUCGGACCCAAAGAGCAAAGUCCACGAAAGAACUACUUGUCCAUAUUUCCUUGUGGCUUCUCAUCUUUCAACUCGGUAUCCAAAGAUUAUAACUGAGGCUCGGUGUAAAUGCCAAUCUUGUCUGGAAGAAAAUGGUCAUAGUACGGCCACUCGGUGUGAGCCCGUGUACAGACCGGUCAGGAUUCUUACUAGGAAAUCAGACUGUGUUGAUGGUGUUUAUCAGUAUUCAGAGGAAACAUAUAUGAAGCAAGAGGGAUGUACUUGUGCCAAAAAGACCGAAGCUGUUUCAGGCUCUGGGUCAAAUACAAGUUCUGGUGGUGAUCCUGACACUAUGUGAAUAACUAUAGGCAGCAUUUACCAAAGUCUUUCAAAGGCAUCCCUGGAAACGAUACUCAGUUCUGAAAAUGUUGUGUAUUCAUGCUGUAUAAUGGUAAUUUAUUGUGUGUCUGUUUAAUAUAUAUUGUGUGUGUGUCUGUGAAUUUUAAAUUGUCUCAGAUUUUUGCAUUUUAUUCGAUGUGCUUUUUGCUCUCUAUCAUGUCAAAUAUUUUACUAAUUUUUACAUAUUUAUUUUUUAUAUUUUGAAUUUUAGAAGUUAUUUUGCAAUGAUAUAUAAUAUAUAUACAAAGGUUGUUAAAUUAAAAAGUUUACAAUUUAAAGAA